UCAUCCCCGCAUAGAAUGUUUUCCAGAAGUAAUAGAUGGAGCCGCCCUGCAGCGCCAGGGUCGCUGGCCACUGAUAUAAAAGCCGUCCGCGCUGCUGGUACGUUAUCAGUCUCACAUUGUUGUGGAGAGGAUACACAUCUCAAAAUGUUCGCCAAGCUGUUCUUGAUCUGCGCCGUCGCCGUGGUAGCGCUCGCCCGCGAGUACCCGGCCGGUGUGCACCCCGCCAUCUGCCCCAACUACCCGUUCUGCGACGCGGAGGCGCUGGCCCGCCACACACCUGAAGGCAUCCCCAUCCCUGAGUGGGUUCGCAACCCCGCCAUCCUGCCCCAGCCUGUGCCCCUGCCUCUCUCUCACGCCGCGCCUGCUGCUCCCCGAUACCCCGCCGACUUCCCCGCUGCCCUCUGCCCCAACUACCCCUACUGCUGGUGAACACAACCCUGAACUCCGCCAAUAUACCAUCGACAAUGCCUCAUUUUUGAUUGAAAAAGUAUUUCUACAUCGCCAUCAACAGUAGAAUUUUUCGAUAGAAACAAGGCAUUGCAAUGUUUCCACUGCCAUCUUCGUGAUUUUGUAUAAAAUGUAAAAAUAUAAAAAAAAUAUGUAAAUAUUUCCCGUUCCAUAAAAUAAGCUGAAAGCGCUUACAUGCAUUUUGUAAAAAUGUGUAAAAAUUGUAAAUAAAUUGUAAUUACAAUUUUAA